AUGUCUCCUCCAUCCGCGACCGGUUUCGAUACCACCACAAUAGCAUUGCAAGACCAAAGCGGAGUCGACACCGCGGUUAUAGGCUCUAAAUUCCCCACCCCCCGCAAGUUCGACGACAAAUUCAAAGAGCGCGAAUACCUCAAAGGCCGCCUCAUCCUCGCCUACCGCAUCUUCGCCAAACUCGGCUACGAUGAAGGCGUAGCCGGCCACAUCACCCUUCGCGACCCCGUAGAGCCGACCUCCUUCUGGGUCAACCCCUUCGGCGUCGCCUGGCCGCUCCUCAAAGCCUCAGACCUCAUCCUCGUCAACGCGGCCGGCGAGAUCGUCGAAGGCGGCCCCGUCCGCCUCCUCAACAAAGCAGCCUACAUGAUCCACCACGCGGUCCACACCGCGCGCCCCGAGGUAAACUGCGUCGCGCACUCGCACUCCAUCUACGGGCGCACCUUCUGCGCGCUCGGCCGCGAACUCGACAUCAUCACCCAGGACGCAUGCGCCUUCUACAACGACCACGCGCUGUACGACUCGUUCAAAGGUGUGGUGCUCGGUGAGGAGGAGGGGCAGGAGAUCGCUGCUGCGCUGGGGGGGAAGAAGGCGGCGCUGCUGCGGAAUCAUGGGCUGUUAACUUGUGGGAUGAGUAUUGAGUCGACGGUGUUCUGGUUUACGUCGCUGGAGAGGUGUUGUCAUGCGCAGCUGAUGGCGGAUGCGGCGGCGGGGGGAAGGGGGGGGGUGACGGUCAAGGUUAAUGAUAAGGAGGCGGAGUUUACGGGGAAGGCGAUUGGGACUGAGACUGCUGGGUGGUUUAGUGCGUUGCCGGCUUUUGCUGUUAUGGAGAAGGAGGUGGAGGAGGGUUAUGAUAAAUAGUCAUUCUAGGAAACGUACAAUCAAAUAUUCUCCAUGAUAAGAUUUAAG